GAGAACCUGGUGCUAUCUUUGAUAUGCAUUGCUUUGUUCCAAGGGUGCAUGGUCCAGUCUGUAGAAUAUGAUCAUACAUCAAGCAUUGAGUGCCUUCGCGACCCAAUGAAGCCCCUGUACAACGGUGGCAUCAUCCAGAACAGUGAGUUCAACAACGGUCUGAUGGGAUGGUCGACGUACCGGAACAUAAAGGCGGGCGUAAGCAGCUCCCCGUCCGGCAACAAGUUUGCCGUGGUGCAAGGCCCUGGUGGCUCCCUAUCCAGCAGCGGCAACGUCCUGCCGUCCCACAGCGUCUACCAGAGGGUCCAGAUGCAGAGCGACACCCACUACUCGCUGUCCGCAUGGCUGCAAGUGUCGGCCGGCACGGCCCACGUGAAGGCUGUCGUCAAGGCCCCCAACGGCGAGCGCAUCACCGCCGGUGCCGUCGCUGCCCAAUCCGGCUGCUGGAGCAUGAUCAAGGGAGGCAUGACCGGCUACUCUUCCGGACCCGGAGAGGUCUUCCUCGAGAGCGAUGCCCCUGUGGACAUCUGGGUGGACAGCGUUUCGCUGCAGCCUUUCACCUUCGACGAAUGGGACGCCCACACCCGUUUCUCCGCCAACAAGACCCGGAGGAGCACUGUCAAAAUAGUCGCGAAGGGCCCCGACGGCCAGCCUAUGGCGAACGCCAACGUGAGCAUCGAGCUCCUCCGGGCCGGGUUCCCGUUCGGCAACACAAUGACGAAGGAGAUCCUCAACCUCCCGGCAUACGAGAAGUGGUUCACGUCACGGUUCAGCUAUGCAACCUUCGAGAACGAGAUGAAGUGGUACAGCACAGAGUGGAGCCAAAACCAAGAAGACUACCGUGUCUCCGACGCAAUGCUGAAGCUCGCGCAGAAGUACGGCAUUAAGGUGCGCGGGCACAACGUGUUCUGGGAUGACCAAAACUCGCAAAUGAGGUGGGUAAGGCCGUUGAAUCUGGACCAACUCAAGGCAGCAAUGCAGAAGCGGCUUAAGUCCAUCGUGUCACGCUACGCCGGCAAGGUGAUCCACUGGGACGUCGUGAACGAGAACCUCCACUUCAACUUCUUCGAGAGCAAGCUCGGCCCUAGCGCGUCGGCCCAAAUCUACCAGCAAGUUGGACAGAUCGACCACAACGCCAUCCUUUUCAUGAACGAGUUCAACGUGCUGGAGCAGCCCUACGACCCAAACGCCGUGCCAAGCAAGUACAUCGCCAAGAUGAACCAGAUCCGCAGCUACCCCGGGAACGGUGGGCUCAAGCUCGGCGUCGGUCUCGAGAGCCACUUCUCCACGCCCAACAUUCCCUACAUGAGGGGAGCGCUGGACACGCUCGCCAAGCUUAAGCUGCCCAUGUGGCUGACCGAGGUGGACGUCGUCAAGGGCCCCAACCAGGUGAAGUACCUGGAGCAGGUGCUGAGGGAAGGGUACGGCCACCCGGCUGUCAACGGCAUGAUCAUGUGGGCGGCGUGGCACGCCAACGGCUGCUACGUGAUGUGCCUCACGGACAACAACUUUAAGAACCUCCCCGUCGGCAGCCUCGUCGACAAGCUGAUUGCCGAGUGGAAGAUGCACCGCACGGUUGCCACCACCGAUGAGAAGGGCGUGGUCGGGCUUGACCUGCCCCACGGUGAAUACAACUUCACUCUGACUCACCGGUCUCUCAAGGCCGCCACCAUCCACAACGUGAGGGUGGACGCCACGUCAUCUGCCUCGGACCAUGCAAUCACCAUCAUGGCUUAA